CAAGCAAUUACAGUUCAGCAGCCGUCCCACAUGACAAUGGAGUCCCAAGGCACAAGGAGAGAAAGUCGGGUCCGCCCCAGUCAUUCAGUCAGUCCAGUCCCUUGGUCAAAAGUGCCCAACUAAACAACGGUACCAUCCGUGCUAAAGACAGGACGGCCUUUUCGAUGGACAACAGAUCAACCGGACCAGCACACUUACUCGACGCUCACCUGCCGUAGCAAGCAGAACGGUCACCGCUUACCUCUGUUCGCAUUCUAUCUCUACAGAGACCUGCGCGCUGGCGACAUAAUACCACCUAAGGUACCAAGUGAAAUUAUGUCUUGGCAGGGUUCUGGCUUUCUCUAAUUUCCGACAAUUUGUUCGCCGAACUUCCCGCCGACCAGACGACGACGGACUACCUACCUACCACGCAACAACACCUACCACGUACAAUUACCCGACAACCCAGUCUAACCUGGAAAGGGAGUGGAAGCAUCUGCAGCGGCAGCAGCAACGGAGCAGAUAGAGCCAGCCAGACAAGAUCUCGACACAUUGGCCAAAGAUGUCUCUUGACUUGGAAAAACACCUCACCUUUUAUGGUGCAUACCACCACAACAAGGUCAACAUUGGCAUCCACAUGAUCUGCGUGCCCUUGAUCCUCUUCUCGGGCUUCACAAUUGCAUCAAACACGGGUCCUCUGUUCCAUCUGCCCAGCUGGCUAGUUAUCCCGCACCUUGAGCCAACGCUCGGCACACUGGCCGCCCUCACAUGGGGAGGCCUGUACCUGCUCCUCGAGCCAGUUGCCGGUACGCUCUUGGCCAUAAUAUGCCUGGGAGCCGCCGCGACUGGCAACCACCUCGUCGAGGUCGACGCUGAGACCACGACCAAGGCCGCCAUUGCCGUCCACGUUGUCUCCUGGAUUCUUCAGUUCAUCGGCCACGGCACCUUCGAGGGUCGUGCCCCGGCACUGCUCGACAACCUCGUGCAGGCCGUUUUCCUCGCGCCCCUCUUCGUCUGGCUCGAGCUUUUAUUCUCCCUGGGAUACCGCCCUGAGCUCCAGGCUCGGGUUGAAAAGGCCGUUCAGAAGGAGAUCGCCAAGUUCAAGUCGAGCAAAGAUGCCAAGAACGGCAAGGCGAACUGAUAUUGCCUCUGUAUCUGGGCAGCUUACCUUGUCGCAGACGGUAGAAGGAAUAGGAUACCGGCCGACUCAACUGGGGCCAACCACGGCCCUGGCAGAGGCACGCAUUACUUAGAAGAUGGCUUCUUUCGAGGAUUGACUUGGCUACAGACUUGUCGGGCUCGACCUCCAUGACACAGACUCUCGACUGGUCUCUUGAUCUUGCGUUUUGGACUUGACUGGUUAGAGGCAGUGGAUUACCUUUCCAGAAUCACUGGCUUUGUAUUCGGGGAAUGAGCAGCUGCAUGCGACAUGCAGGUGCUGUGCAGCGACUCUGCAUACGCAUGCGGUUCGCCCACCCCCGGCAACCAUUGAUUUGGAUAUAAGCUUCGAGACAUGGCAAGGUGCCCUGUGACACGGCUCUCGGCAGAUCUUGGCGAUAGAUGGUUUUCUCCGAGAAAGAAGUCAUAUCGAGCGGGAACAGUCAUGAUAUGAAUGAAGGUGUGGUGUAACGUAGGGCGUCUCGCUGCAGCACUUUGAUAGUACAUUCCUGCCAAGAAUGGAACAGAAAGAAGAGAAAUGAUACACAACAGUCACUUCCCGAGUUUAGGGCCGCCCUAUACUGAAGCCACUUUGCAGGCAUCAC